AUGGGAUGCACGGCGUCCACGCGACGUGCGGGGCGGGGCUCGCUCGUGUUCGAGGUCUCAGGGUACGGCGGAGUUAGCCUCGACGUACAAUCAUCGGAAGUAUUCACCGUCGGCGCUUACGACUGGCAGAUUCGUUUCUAUGAGGAAGGAGUGUUUGGGCAUUCCGGAGGCUAUGUGGCGGUCUAUCUCUUUUUAGUCAGCAAGAAGGCCAAGGUGAGGGCAACCUUCGAGCUCAGUUUGGUGGACAUCACUGGAUCAACGCCGCCUCGUACGAUGAGGACGGUCGCCGCAGAAUUCGACUCUGGCGACCGGACGUGCUUCGGCCAUCCCGAGUUCAUGAGGAAGAGCGACCUCGAGGCGUCGCCUUACCUUCGCGGCGGCGAUCGCCUCACAAUUGAGUGUACCAUCACUAUCUGCACGGAAGCGCCCAAAUCAUUUGUUGAGGUGCCGUUGCCGCCAUCCGACAUCACGGAUCACCUCAGGAAGCUGUGGCAAGGGAAAGAGGGCACCGAUGUCACCUUCGAGGUUCAAGGGGAGGCUUUUCCUGCCCACAAGACAGUGCUCGCGAUGCGGUCACCGGUGUUUAAGGCAGAGUUGUACGGUGCCUUGAGGGAAAAUGAUAUGGGUCGCGUUAUCAUCGGCGACAUGCAACCUGCAGUCUUCGAGGCCCUGCUCCAUUUUAUAUACACCGAUUCGUUGCCCACCAUGCAUGAUCUUUACCAAGAUCAAGAUGAGUACAAAGAGAUUAUUGGACAUUUGCUUGUAGCCGCGGAUCGCUAUGCCAUGGAAAGACUGAAGAUCAUAUGUGAAAGCAUCCUUUGCAAGAACAUAGAUUCGAAGACCGUGGUGACUACACUGCCUUUGGCUGAUCAGCAUCACUGCAACAAGUUGACUGAUGCUUGCAUUGAAUUUAUUGCCUCUUUGGGUAAAGUGGAUGAUAUAAUAGCAAGCCAGGGAUAUGAUGAGCUCAAAAGAACCUGUCCUUUGGCUUUACUGGAACUGUGGGAGAAGGCAACUAGGCUGUACAUGAUAUAG